UAGUAAAGAUUGACAGGAAUUCUUAGAAAAUAUAUUCUUAUACGUGUUCCAGCCAGUUAUGUCUGAUACGUUCAAUUUUAACGAAGCCGAUAACUACAUUGAAUAAGACACAUUUCCUUUAUAAUUUAUGUCUGUUGUGUUUCCGUCUUUGGAACAUCAGAGGGCGACAAAAUAUUUGAUGUUAUUAUUAGUAAUAAAACAGAAGCUGAGUAUUAGGGAGGACGCGGAUACCGCUCGCAGUUGCCGCAGCUUAAAUGGCAUUCAAAGGCAAGGUAGCGGACACAAAGACAAUCCUGCUGCAUCUGCUCCUGUGUUUGGUCAUUUUCUACACGCUGUACUACAUGAUCGGCAGUGUCUGUUUCGGCGCAUUCAGGUUGGACAAUUUUGAUGGACUCAUUCCAUUUGACUUCAAGAUUGAGCUCACAGAGUCUAACUCUAAAUAUUUAGUGAACCUGCUCUCCAUGGAGCUCACCUUCUUCAGCAGUGGGCUGCUGUUUGCAGCAGUCGUGAAGAGAUGGGUGUGGGAUUAUGCCCUCACAGUCACCGUCUUCCAUGUGCUCCUCACCUCUAUAGUCAUGCAGGAGUUUCCCCUGGUUUGGCAAUGGUGGCUUGCCUUGGGUAGUGGCUUGUUCCUCAUGAUCUGCAAUGGUCAGCUGAUUGCUUACUUUGCAUGCCAGAGCGAGCCAAAGUACCCCACAAUCCACGGCUGCUGACCUCCUGGGGUUACACGAAGAUGUGUGAGAAGAGCUUUACCUUCAUGGCUGGAAGAUGUGCUGCAGCUCUAAAGUGUUUUACAGGAUUUUAUGUGUCUAACAGGUCUCCUCCUUGAAUCCACUGCUAGCAGCGUAAUAGGUCAUGGUGAUAUCCCACCUGGAUAACUGCAACUCCUUUCAGUCUGUCUUCUCCAUCAAGCCUCUCCAGCUAAUACAGAAUACUGCAGUAUGAGAUCUGUUUGACUUGCCAAAGCAGUACAAUGUAUCUCCCCUCCUUGUCUCUCUCCACUGGCUUCAUCUGGUUGCCCAUCAAUACUUGUAGAACUUGAUCACUUGCUGCGCUCCAGUCUGACUUCUAUCCUCCUCCUACCUCUGGCCACUUGGUGGUCCCCUGCACAAGAAGUUCAAAAUCAAAAGCAUGAAGGUUCUC